AUGAAGGUAUUUUACGUGUUUCAGCUUUUCUUCGUACUGGCGCUCUUCGCCAUGGCUUCGGCUCAGAGAGGCAGGUUUUGGGGCAAUAACAGACCGACACCUGUGCAAUUUGUGGACAACAACAACCCGGGCGGGGUGAAUUUUGUCAACAACCCAUAUGACAACAACCCGGGUCAAGUGAACUUUGUGAACAACAACCCCAACGACCCGUCUGCCGUGCAUAUCGUAGAUGGCAACCCUGACCAAGUUGUGAUCACCAACCCUGACCCAUUCUUCGGCCAGCCUUCAUACCCUCACAUCUCCCCGGUCUACGUCAACCGUCCCUACCCUGGCAAGCAAUACGACAACCCCUACGCUCGCGGCGGCAAAUGA